AUGUCUGUUCCUCAAUCCAUAUUCGGUCUAUGCAUCGAUCUGUAUAUCUUGUUCAUCCCCAUAAUCGGCGUCUCUAGACUACACGUAUCAACAAAGAGGAAGUUCAGCGUCAUGCUUAUUUUUCUCUCAGGAUUGAUGGCAUGUGUCUGCUCCGCUGUAAGCAUUCACUACCGUAGAAUUCUCGACCAUACCGUGGAUACCACCUGGGCUUUGAUGCCGGUCAACAUUGCCACGCUUUGUGAAAUGUUCGCCGGUAUAAUCUGUGCCUGCAUGCCAUCCGCUGCUGCGGCGAGCCGCCACAGUGGCUCGAUCUACCUGAAAGUUCUCAACAGCCUUUCAACCAACUUCAUCUCUCUGAAGUCGACACUGAUAGCCUCGAAAAAGGCAUCAAAAUCCGGAAGCUCGGGCUUAAACCAAGAUCAGAUAUCCGCAUCUCAUCCUCAACCAGAAGUACUAAAUGCCGAAGACUUGUUGAGAUCUACGGAUCGAAAAUAUGCACAAUAUUUCAACCUAGUCAGUUUGACGAGUCAAAAGAGUACCGUCGAUGAUGAACCACAAGCUUGCCUUGACGGGACGAAUGCUGUAUGA